CCAGCCUGUACCAAAAUCACAGCUGUUGAUACACUGGAUGGAGCUUCAUAAUCGACUACAGCAGAAGAUACAGUCCACACAGAAGAUCUCAAAAAAUUAUGAGAGGUUCCAGUGUAACUCAACAGAAUUAGAGGUGUGGAUAUGUCGUGCUCAAGAACAGGUUCAGAAGUGGAACAGUUUGUCUGAUUCUGAUCCACUGAAUUCCAGAACAAUCUUGACCCAGCUCACGGAGUUCUUCAAGGAGCUGGAGGUCCGUUCGGCACAGAAAGCUUCUGCAGAAUGUGCAGGCACACAGAUACUGCAGCUGACUGACAAUGAAGCUCCAGGUCUGCACCGACGACUGGCUCAACUUGAGCAGGAAUGGAUGAACUUGACUAGCGAGCUGCCCACCCUCAGCCAGACACAGCAACAACUGUUGACAAACCAGUCUCACAGUCAUAUCUUGGUCAACUUGACCUCCUGGCUCAAACAUGUAGAGAGACAACUGGAGGAUGAAAGCUCGGGGGUCCAUUGUGCCCUCGGUUCCUCUCAGCUGUCUAGACAUCUAAAGGCUUUGAAGGUAAU